AGGUUGCUGGGAGAGCGGUCGUGGGCGGCCUCCCUGAGCCGCGCCAGCUGAGCUCCGAGGAGCCCAGCCCCUCUCUCCUAUCUUGCUGCAGGCGUGCUAACUCUCCCGGUGGCUGGUGACCCCGCUUCCAUGUGCUGGGUGGGCACAGCACCCCGGAACUUCCACGCCCAUGGCCACUAGCCUGAGGAAGCCAACCUUCAACUCUUGUCCUUCCUCCUCGACCGAAACUGACGACGAGGGCGUGCGGGGCACCUGUGAAGAUGCGUCUAUUUGCAAAAGGUUUGCAGUAAGCAUUGGCUACUGGGAUGACCCUUACAUCCAGCAUCUUGUAAGACUGUCUAAAGAGAGGAAGGCCCCUGAAAUUAACAGAGGCUAUUUUGCUCGAGUUCAUGGCAUCAAUCAGCUUACAAAGGCAUUUCUGCGGAAGACAGAAUGUCAUUGUCAAGUUAUAAACCUCGGGGCUGGGAUGGAUACCACCUUCUGGAUAUUAAAGGAUCAGGAUCUUCUCCCAAGUAAAUAUUUUGAAGUCGAUUUUCCAAUGAUAGUCACAAGAAAGCUGCACAGCAUCAAAUUCAAGCCUCUUCUAUCAAAACCUAUUUUAGAAUUACAUUCAGAGGACACGUUUCAAAUCGAUGGGCACAUGUUGGAUUCAAAGAGAUAUGCCAUUAUUGGAGCAGAUCUUCGAGAUUUAUCUGAACUGGAAGAGAAACUAAAGAAAUGUAACAUGAAUACACAAUUGCCGACACUCCUGAUAACAGAAUGUGUGCUGGUCUACAUGACUCCGGAGCAGUCUGCAAACCUAAUCAAGUGGGCAGCCAACAGUUUUGGGACCGCCAUGUUCAUAAACUACGAACAGGUGAACAUGGACGACCGGUUUGGGCAGAUCAUGAUCGAACACCUGCGGAGACGACAGUGUGACCUGGCGGGGGUGGAAACCUGCAAGUCCUUAGAGUCGCAGAAAGAACGGCUCCUGUCGAACGGGUGGGAAACAGCAUCAGCCAUGAACAUGAUGGAAUUGUACAGCAGAUUACCUCGGACCGAAGUCAGCAGAAUCGAGGCCCUGGAAUUCCUGGAUGAGAUGGAGCUUCUGGAGCAGCUCAUGAAACAUUACUGCCUGUGCUGGGCGACCAGAGGGGGAAGUGAGCUAGGUUUGGAGGAGAUCACUUACUAACCUUUUCCAGGCUCAUGCUGAGCCAGAAGCUGCAGCCACUGACCUUCCUGAAGUUGAUAUACAAGUCUCCUGAGUGAUGGCCAGGCCUCAUCGACCAUUCCAUUCCACAGUUGAGAAACCAGUUACUAGGGCUGUUGCACCACUUCCUGUUCUGUUGACUCAUCAUUUAAAUAAAUCUCAGUUGCCAUUUG